AUGCGACGGUCAGCCUCCAAAAGAUCCCCUCCAAAAGAGUCCCUCCGAAAGAGCCCCUCCAACAGAGCCCCUCCGAAAGAGCCCUCCAAAAGAGCCCCUCCGAAAGAGCCCUCCAAAAGAGCCCCUCCAAGAGAGCCCACCGAAAGAGCCCUCCGAAAGAGCCCCUCCGAAAGAGCCCCUCCAAGAGAGCCCACCGAAAGAGCCUCCGAAAGAGCCCCUCCGAAAGAGCCCUCCAAAGAGUACCUCCGAAAGAGCCCUCCAAAGAGUCCCUCCAAGAGAGCCCACCGAAAGAGCUCUUCAAAAGAGUCCCUCCGAAAGAGACGAAGAGCCCCGAAAGAGCCCCUCCGAAAGAGCCCUCCCCUCCGAAAGAAAAGAGCUCUUCAAAAGAGUCCUCCGAAAGAGCCCUUCCGAAAGAGCUCGAAAGAGCCUCCGAAAGAGCCCUCCGAAAGAGCCCCUCCGAGAGAGCCCUCCGAAAGAGCCCCUCCAAGAGAGCCCACCGAAAGAGCCCUUCGAAAGAUCCCCUCCGAAAGAAACCCUCCAAAAGAACCACUCCGAAAAGAGCCCUUCAAAGAUCCCUCCAAGAGAGCCCUCCGAAAGAUCCCUCCAAAGAGCCCUCCGAAAGAGCCCCUCCAAGAGAGAAAGCCCUCCGAAAGAGAAGAGAGCCCUCCGAAAGAGCCCCUCCAAGAGAGCCCUCCGAAAGAGCCCCUCCGAAAGAGCCCCUCCAAGAGAGCCCACCGAAAGAGCCCUUCGAAAGAUCCCCUCCGAAAGAGCCCUUCGAAAGAUCCCCUCCAAAAGAGCCCUUCGAAAGAGCCCCUCCAAGAGAAUCCCCUCCAAAAGAGCCCUUCGAAAGAGCCCCUCCAAGAGAGCUCACCGAAAGAGCCCUUCGAAAGAUCCCCUCCAAAGAGCCCCGAAAGAGCCCCUCCAAGAGAGCCCUCCGAAAGAGCCCCUCCAAGAGAGCCCUUCGAAAGAGCCCCUCCAAGAGAGCUCACCGAAAGAGCCCUUCGAAAGAUCCCCUCCAAGAAAGCCCUCCGAAAGAGCCCCUCCAAGAGAGCCCUCCAAAGAAAGAGCCUCUCACCGAAAGAGCCUUCGAAAGAUCCCCUCCCGAAAGAACCCUCCAAAAGAACCACUCCGAAAGAGCCCUUCGAAAGAUCCCCUCCAAGAGAGCCCUCCGAAAGAGCCCCUCCAAGAGAGCCCCUCCAAGAGAGCCCUUCGAAAGAGCCCCUCCAAGAGAGCUCACCGAAAGAGCCCUUCGAAAGAUCCCCUCCGAAAGAACCCUCCAAAAGAACCACUCCGAAAGAGCCCUUCGAAAGAUCCCUCCAAGAAAGCCCUCCGAAAGAGCCCCUCCGCCCCAAGAGAGCCCUUCGAAAGAGCCCUCCAAGAGAGCUCACCGAAAGAGCCCUUCGAAAGAUCCCUCCGAAAAACCACUCCGAAAAGAGCCCUCGAAAGCCCUCCAAGAGAGCCCUCCGAAAGAGCCCCUCCAAGAGAGCCCCUCCAAGAGAGCCCUUCGAAAGAGCCCUCCAAGAGAGCUCACCGAAGAGCCCUUCGAAAGAUCCCUCCGAAAGAAAGAACCACUCCGAAAGAGCCCUUCGAAAGAUCCCCUCCAAGAAAGCCCUCCGAAAGAGCCCUCCAAGAGAGCCCUUCGAAAGAGCCCUCCAAGAGAGCUCACCGAAAGAGCCCUUCGAAAGAUCCCUCCGAAAGACCCUCCAAAAGAACCACUCCGAAAGAGCCCUCCGAAAGAGCCCCUCCAAGAGAGCCCUCCGAAAGAGCCCCUCCCCCUCCGAAGAGCGAAAGAGCCCCUCCAAGAGAGCCCACCGAAAGAGCCCUUCGAAAGAUCCCCUCCGAAAGAACCCUCCAAAAGAACCACUCCGAAAGAGCCCUUCGAAAGAGCCCCUCCAAGAGAGCCCUCCGAAAGAGCCCCUCCAAGAGAGCCCUUCGAAAGAGCCCCUCCAAGAGAGCUCACCGAAAGAGCCCUUCGAAAGAUCCCCUCCGAAAGAGCCCUCGAAAGCCCUCCAAAAGAGCCCUUCGAAAGAGCCCCUCCCUCCGAAAGAGCCCUUCGAAGAUCGAAAGAGCCCUCCCUCCGAAAAGCCCUCAAGAAAAGAGCCCUUCGAAAGAGCCCCUCCAAGAGAGCUCACCGAAAGAGCCCUUCGAAAGAUCCCCUCCAAAAGAGCCCUUCGAAAGAGCCCCUCCAAGAGAGCUCACCGAAAGAGCCCCUCCAAGAGAGCCCACCGAAAGAGCCCUCCGAAAGAGCCCUCCAACAGAGCCCCUCCGAGAGAGCCCCGCCGUAUAUACGUAACAGCUGUGGGAGUGUACUGUUUUAUUGAUAUUACCAUAACCGGUGGCUGGAAUUGA